GAUAUUGCUGUCUUUUUUCAUAAUUCCACACAGUGAGCGAUCGUGCUCCGACAACCGAUAGUUUUCCUCGGGGACUUCGUGCGAAUUGACCUGGUUUGAUAUUCACCGCGUGUAAUAAAUAGUAUCAAGUUCCGGACUGCAAAUUUUGAAUUGAACUUUAUACGUAAUAACAAAGCAAUUACUUCCAGUGCAUUCAUCGUAUAUAAGAUUUCACAAUACACUAUAAACUAAGGAAUCAUAACCUGGCGGGUGAAUCAAGUGAUAGAGGACCAAUUGCGGAAAUCAAUGUGAACAAUGGCUUAUCCAGGAAGCGUCGAUUGAUCGGAUGUUUCCAUCAAUGUUUUAGCGAAAAAAAUCUCAUUCCUCAGUUAAGAGCGGGCAAAGGCGAACUCACGAGAAAAAUCGUGAAUUUCUGUGUAUGAAAUCACCUCAGCAAGUGUUUGAUUUUCUCUCGUUUUGUUUUAGUGCCGUGUAUCGGUUCGGUUAUUGAUGUGGAGGUUGUCUGUUCCAAAAAUAACAUAACUCGAAUGUAUAACAUAUCGUUCGCUUCGUUAAAAUCACCGUGAAUGAACUUUUCGUCUGACAGGCGGUACUGAACUCGUGGCAGGGAAAAAUAAUAAAAUCUACGGCAGAGAGAAACCGAUUUUUGUUUGUUUUGAUGAAGUGUUUUGAUUUCAAAUUAACGAGUGAAUUUCGAACAAAUUAACUGCCGAAGCAAUUAACAGCAGGCAGUCAACUCAACCAGCUGGGGGAGUAGACGGAAAACUAUUGCAUCGCUAAGGAGAAACUUGGUCUGACAAUGUCAACCCGUCGCACCGGGCCGCCUCAGGGCAUGCCGAUUCCGGCACAACUUCCGCUUCCAUACGAAGGCGAGAAGAAGCAACGCAGCAAGUGCAUGUCCUUCGUGUGCUGCAUGUGGAAGGUGUUUACGUGCAUUUUCUCUCACGUCACUUUAGUGGCCAUGGUUGUUGCUUACUGUUUCCUGGGCGCGGUCACUUUCGAACAUCUGGAAGCGGAGAACGAACGGAACGUGAAGAAAGGUAUUAGUUCCAUCCGUGUUAAUCUAACAGACGCAAUUUGGAAGAUGACUAAUGAUAAAUUGGUGUUACAUCAGCAUAACUGGACUGAAGCGGCUGUCAUUCAUCUUCAGUCGUUUGAAAAAGAGAUUCUCACUGCGAUGAAAAAGGACGGCUGGGAUGGCAUCGAAGAUGUUAACCAGAUUCAAUGGACAUUUUUCGGUGCAUUGUUUUACUCAAUAAUCAUCAUCACAACUAUCGGCUAUGGGCAUAUUGCUCCGAAAACACACAUGGGCAAGAUAUCAACAAUUUUCUACGCCAUCCUGGGAAUUCCGCUGAUGCUGCUUUGCUUGUCCAACAUCGGUGAUAUUAUGGCUAGUUCGUUCAGAUUUCUAUACUGGCGAGUUUGCUGCUACGUAUGCACCCGAGAGCCAAAGAGAACAAAUUCGAAACGAAGCCGUGCCGGGCGAGGCACAAUUCGGCAAGGACGAAGCUCAAUGCGAUCUGCACCGGCAGGUAGCAGCAUCCGUCGGUCAGUGAGGAACUCUCAACGAUCGGCUGAUUCUGGAUUUGAUCCCUGUUAUGAUCCUGGCAUGACCCACGCUUACUCCGACACUGAUUGCAGGUACAACGACGGUGAUUACUAUCCCGACGGGGACAGGUCGAUGCAGCGCAACAUGAAUGGUCCUCCGCCUCCACGCUACAGCGGACACAGCACGGCCGGAAGGGAACAGUACCGGGAUAGAGCUACCAUUGAGCAGGGACGUGGUUAUACGGAACAAGGCAGCGGAUAUGUUGACGAUGGGUACAACACCACACCGCAGCAGAUGAAGCGGCAGAUGCGGGGAGAAUCGGUUGGAAGAGAAUUGAUGCAACCGAGAGGCUUACAGAACUCUAGAAACUCGGACGGCAACUAUCCACCUGACUACAGAAAUAAUAUUCAGAAAUCUCCAGCAAUACGAGCUCAAUCAUUGGAUCGACGAGCGUUUCGGCGGGAUCCACAGAUGAUGGAGUUUGAUGAAGAGGGCGGACCAGGAAAACCACCUAUUUUGUGCAAUAAAUAUGCUUUGGACGAAAUGCAGGAGCGCAAUAGCAUCGAACGAAGUCAUACUGGACCCCGAGGAAGAGGCGGCGAAGACAACCGAGCACCAAUAAACCCACGCAGCCAAUCAAUGCCUCGGCAUUCGCGUUACGGUGACAGACUGAUGCCGGACCGAUUACCUUACUACAACGAGGACAACGAAAUGGAGAUGCAUAAUAUACGAAAAUCUUCAACCGCGACAGGAAGACGACGUGAGUUACGCCCCGUACCAUCGCCGUCGCCGCGCAUAAUGUCACCGAUGGGAUUCGCGAUUCACCGACAGGCGCGUCAUCUGCAGACCGUAAUGGACGACGGCUCGUUGUACGACGAUGACUGGGACAGCGGGGACUUACCGCCAUCCUCCAUCAUUCGGCCGGUGCCAAUCUGGUUGUGCGUUUUUCUGGUUGUCAGCUACAUAAUUGCGGGCGCCUUCAUGUUUUCCAAGUGGGAAAAUUGGUCUUUCCUCGAUUCGGCCUAUUUCUGUUUCAUCACGUUAACCACCAUCGGAUUCGGCGAUUUUGUUCCAGCACAGGGAGUGAAAGACGACUCUGAACUUUCCAUCGCAUUGUGCUCACUGUAUUUGCUAUUUGGUAUUGCGCUGCUAGCGAUGAGCUUCAAUCUGGUGCAGGAGGAAGUUAUCUCCAACGUGAAAAGCGUCGCCCGAAGACUUGGCAUACUGAAAGAGGAAGAGGUGGACGAUUGAGAAAGUUUUUUUCUCUCUCGCUUAGGUUUGACUUACCAACGAACCAACGAUGGGUUCCGGGGGUACGUAGGUAGGUGUAGUGUUAAAUGCAAAUAUGGAAAGCUUACUGAGAACCGUAAACUUUUCGGUCGGAAGUUUGAUUUUCCCUUUCGUUAUCGUUACUUUUCCGGUUAUGAGUAUCCAUCUCUAUGCAGGUGGUCUGUUUAUGGUUGGGAAAUGGAAUGUAAAUUGAAGAAUCAAUUCAGAUAUACAAUGGAAAGUAAACUCUCUAAGCUAGUUGAAAGUUAGUGUUUCAGAACCAUUGACGAAUGAAACCACCCGGUACAGUUAAUAGUAGUUGCUGGUUUUUCUUUAUUAUUAUUUUGUAAUAUGUCGACAUAUGUUCAAAAAUUGAAAGCAAAAACAACUCAAAAAAGAAGAAAAAGUAUAUGCAAUCAUGCUCAAAACGGAAGAAAAACUUUUCUGAUCAAUAAAAGAUUGUCAUUUUCAUUAGUUGUAGCGCUCAAUACUUUAGUAUAAAAAAUAUAGGAAGGAAAUAUAA